AUGAAAUUCUCCACUGUAUCCACUUCUUUAUUGCUUGCUUCUUCAGCCAUUGCUGCUCCAGCCAAGAGAAACCAUCAUGCUCAUGUUAAACAACACCAAGAUUCUGGUGACUUGGACAAGAGAGCUGUUGUCACCGUUACUCAAUACGUCGACGGUAAUGGUAACGUUAUUGUUCCAGCUGAAAUGCCAUCCUCUGUCAACAACAACUUGUUCACUUUAAGUACUGCCUCUACUUCUGCUAUGAAGACGGUCACUGCUUUGGAUGGUAACCUUGUUGUUGCUCCAGCUUCUGCCUUAGUCUCCACUGCAUCCAUUGCUUCUGCCAAUGCCAAUGCCAAGGCUGCUGUUUCUCCAGCUAAACCCUCCUCCUCCUCUGAAGCUUCCACUUCUGUUGUGAAAGCUACUGCCACUGUGGAAGUCAAAGCUGAAGAAUCUUCUUCCUCUUCCUCUGGUUCUGGUUCCACCUCUGUCAACGGUGAUCUAUCUGAUUUCCAAAACCCAUCUCAAAAAUUCAAAGAUGGUACCAUCAAGUGUUCUGAUUUCCCAUCUGGUCAAGGUGUUGUUUCCUUAGAUUGGGUUGGAAUGGGUGGUUGGGCUUCUGUCAUGAACAUGGCAGGUCAAACCUCUACUACUUGCCAAGAUGGUUACUAUUGUUCUUAUGCUUGUCAAGCCGGUAUGUCCAAAACUCAAUGGCCAACUGAACAACCAGCAGAUGGUAGAUCCGUUGGUGGGUUGUACUGUAAAGAUGGUUAUUUGUACCGUUCCAACACUGACACUGAUUACUUGUGUGAAUGGGGUCAAGAUUCCUCUUAUGCUGUUAACAACGCUGGUAAAUCCAUUUCUUUAUGUAGAACCGAUUAUCCAGGUUCUGAAAAUAUGGUUGUCCCAACUGUUGUGGAAGCUGGUAGCAAGAAACCAAUGUCUGUUGUCAUUGAAGAUAACUAUUAUCAAUGGGAAGGUAAAUACACUUCUGCCCAAUACUAUGUCAACAAUGCCGGUGUCGAUUACUCCCAAGGUUGUAUCUGGGGUACUGACGGUUCUGGUGUUGGUAACUGGGCUCCUGUCGUCUUAGGUUCUGGUUACGUCAAUGGUGUUGCUUAUUUGUCCAUCAUUCCAAAUCCAAACAACAACUCUCCACCAAACUUCAACGUCAAGAUCGAAGCUACUUCUGGUUCUACUAUCAACGGUGAUUGUAAAUACGAAAAUGGUAAAUUUACUGGAUCAACCACCGAUGGUUGUACUGUUUCCGUCACUUCAGGCUCUGCAAACUUUGUUUUCUACUAG